AUGUCGACGCCAACGACAGAGCAAAUUGGUACAAUGAGAGGAACACUUGGGGUGAUAAUGGGUGACGGUAAGGGACGGCGGAAAUUUUGUUUUUACUUGCGGGAGCAGGAGAGGAGUAUGGAGAAUCUGGAGUUCGUCAUGUGGUUCGAGGAUCACUAUCACCGCUCGUCACACAUCUUACCUCACGAAGCCAGCUCCAGCUUGCGCAAAUACUUUGCAAGAAAGUCCGCACAUGAACUGAACCUCGACGCGAAUGUUAAAGUGAAUGUUGUGGAUACUGCCCACAUGCUCAUUAAACAGCACUUACCCACUCCCCUCUGCAUUUUCCAACCCGCUUAUCUCACUUGCUGCUCGCUCCUCGAAUACUCAAGCAUUCCCGCCUACAAAGCUCACAAAAAGACGCACAAGAAAAACCAAGGCUGUUCAAGACACCUAAUACGCUCAAUUAGGGAGGUUUUCUCUAAAAAAAAGUGA